AUGCACACUGCCCAGUGCCCACCCCCAGCAGGAAAGAGAACUAGAAUUGUCAAUCAUGGCUGCUGCUGCUGCUGGCAAGUUGCCUGACCUUAGCGGUACGUAUAAAUGGGAGAAGCUCCCCGAGUUACCAACAGGACGAGUAUACGCAGUAGGUGGAUAUCACGACGGAAAACUGUACGUUUUAGGAGGGUGUGAUGGUGUAGGCAAAGCCCUGAGCGUAGCUGAGGUUUACUCGUUUGCUACAAAAACCUGGCAUCAGCUGCCAAACAUGCCAACACGCCGUGCUGCCUGUACUACAGUAAUAUUCCACGAGAAUAAACUGAUACUAGUUGGUGGAGUCGACGAGAACCAGACCCCAAUAGCAGCUGUUGACUGCUUCAAUAUCGACAGCGAGACCUGGUCACAGCUCCCACCGCUCCCUGUAGGAGUAACCGGCCCAUUCGUAACGAAGAUUGAUAAUAAGAUAUACUGUAUCGGAGGAACAGACAAGAAAGGGAUCAACCAGUCAGUAUCUUUUGAUUUCGAUCUCAACGAGUGGAAGGACAUGCCACCUCUAAAGACGAGGCGGUAUGCUUGUGGUGGAUACGUUCACAAUAACAAGAUAUACAUAGUCGGAGGAAGGGAAGUUAAAGAGCCAAUCAAGUCAACAGAGGUUUUUGACUUGGAGACUCAAGAAUGGACUGAGCUAGCUUCUAUGCUCUCUCUGAGGGUUUUCUACAAUGUCAUGGGUCAUAAAGAUUUCAUUUACGUUGUGGGCGGGUUUGUUCCAAUGGUUGGACUAAGCAAGAUAGUGGAGAGAUACGACAUAAAGAAAAACGAGUGGGAACGACUCAAAGACUUGAGAGUCCCUCAGUCCGAUGGUUCUAUAGGUGUCGUUGGAGAUAGAGUUGUUUUUGCAGCUGGCCUUGGGAUAGUUGCUGGAGCGAAACCACAGGACGGUCCUUCUUGUCUUAAUUAUGCGUAUGGUCUUACUGAUGGCUCUGAUACUUUUGAGCGACUCCCUAACAUGAGAUCUAAACGUGCUUCGACUGCUACCGCUCUGUUUGAUGACAAGAUGGCCGUCAUUUGUGGCGCUGGACAAGGAGGGCCCCAGAAAAUAGUUGAAAUUUUGAGCUGCAACAAAGAAAAGUGAAAGGAAUAGCAAGAAGAGAUUAACUUUGUUUAUUUUAUUUGAUUUGCAUCGUCACUAUUUCUAUUUGAAAUGUAAUGAUUAUUAUUAAAAA